AUGGCCCUCCCCUUUGCGAGCACGUCCACGUCCACGUCCACGUCCACGUCCGCGUCGACGGCCAUGCAACGACACACGCCAGCCGCGACGACGGCCGCCCUGAGCCAGCCUCUGCGCCCCCACGGGCACCAGCACCAGCGGCGGCAGCAGUUCGCAGACGGAGCCAACCGCACCGCGGCCCUGUCCACGGCAUGA